UGCCUUUAGUUGUCAUGUGACAAACAGCCUUUUAGGAAGUCUGACAUACUAAACAUCCUUUUUACAGCAGCUACUAUUAAUCCCUGUUGCUGUGAUACUUGCAUCCAUGCAUUUUUACGCAGGAGAUGCUUUUUCCUUUUCCAACGCGCAACAAUUGAAUGCAUCUCGGUGCGCUUAAUCAGACGGAGGAAAUUGUCUAAUAGGUUUGGAGAAUCAACAGUUUUUUAUUUUAUUAUUUUUAUUUAAAUGCUUUCUUUAUGUGCAGCGCUGAAGCUGAACUCCUCCAUCUCCUAUCAGGCAGCAGCCAAGGACAGGAGAGCAUCAGCAAGGAGAGAGAAAGGUGUUUCCUCUCCUCCUCUCUGCGCUGCGCUCCGCUCCUCGCCAUUGCGCUCAUUGUGUCGCUGCUGAAUCAGUGUCAGAGCGAUCGGAGGCUGCUGGAAGCGGACUAAAACACGGACAAACUAAAACACGGACAAACCUAUGCGUGGAUUUCGGCUUUUUUUCCCUUCGCCAAUGCAAAAGGAAAUAUGCAGCGAAGCUUCACCUUGCUCUACACCAGUUUACUGGGGAUAUGCUUGGGUUCGGGUUCAAGUUUCCCAAGUAACAUCAACAUAGGAGGAUUGUUCCCCAACGUCUCGCACGAAUAUGAGGUGUUCCGGUUCGCCCUCUCCCAUCACCAGGACAUCCCCAAACUGGUGCCGCAGGUGGAUAUGGUCCUGAUGGGAAACAGCUUCUCCAUGACAUAUGCCUUUUGCUCCCAGUUCUCCAAAGGCGUGUACGCCAUCAUCGGCCUCUAUGACAGGAAGACAGUCAACAUGCUGAUGUCGUUCUGCGGAGCGCUUCAUGUCUGCUUCGUCACGCCGUCCUUCCCCAUCGAGACCGCUAACCAGUUUGUGAUCCAGCUGAGGCCUGAGCUGCAGGACGCUCUGGUGGGAGUCAUCGAGCACUAUGGAUGGACCAAGUUUGUCUACAUGUACAGCUCUGACUCAGCCCUCAGCUCAUUGGCCGCCCUGCCUCUCCGUGAUGCUCAGCAGCAUAUCACAGACAGGGUAAUUGAGUAUCACCACCUGUAA